AUGCAUGCCCCCAAGCGCCCGCGUCUGCGGGGGAGGGGGGGGGGGCUAUCUUCCGACGCGGGCCUCGAGAUCCAACCCGCGCAACUCUCCACGCGAUCCGUCGACGUCUUGCACUCCCUCCUCCCCUCCCGCUCCUUCAGGUGCAGCCAUCCUGGAUGCACACGCGUGUUGCGCGAUCUGGCCGGUUUGAAGCGGCACGUCACGAGAAUACACGGGGGUGGCAGUGCGUCCCUCGUCUUCGACGCAUCACGCGGUGAGCUGGACCUCGCCGACUCGGACGUCUCUCGCACAGAACAGGAUCAGCAACAGUGCGCGUUGCCCAAGCAGCUUGCUUCAUUUGACGAAGACAGACGUCGAUCAGCGGGCGAAAUAAUUUCGAUGUCGAGCGGGCUGGAUAGAUUGGACACAUCCGGCGAUCAUGUCGGGUCCAUGCUGCAAUCAGCGGCGCCUAUCAACCAAGUCUCAGAAGACAAAGGACCCGUGGACGUGAACGGCGUGCGGUAUAGCGGCGGCGACGUAGACAUCCUGCGUCACUGGCGGCAUCGCAGCAUCGUACUGCAACGAAUGUGGUCUAAGGACGGGGAUCCAACUCGUGAUUGGCGCGGUGUGACUUUCGAACAGUCAAGGGCGGAUGCCUUUAUUAGGGAUAGGGUGACGGAUAUCGAGCUGGAUGAUACAGGUCUGACUGGUGUGAUUCCGGUCGAGCUGGCGCACCUAGACGCAUUGCGUACGGUGAGCAUGCGCGGCAACGGGUUAACAUCUAUGCCGUUUGAAAUCGGGCAGUGCGCAUUGCUGCGGAACCUUCGCCUGAGCAACAAUAACCUGAGGGAGAUACCAAGGGCCGUCGGCGAUCUCGUGAACCUAGAGCAGCUGUGGCUCGGUGGAAAUAAACUUGCGCAGUGUCCCAAGGAACUGUCAAAGCUUCGCUCGCUGCGCGUGCUGGAACUCUCGAACAAUGAAUUGAUAUCGAUGCCCGCCGAGAUCGGCGACAUGCCUACACUCAACGCGGUCUUCCUUAACAAUAACCGCCGUCUAUUGACAGUCCCGCACUCGUUCGGCGAGGCGAUGAAACGCGGCGUGGGGGUCCUGCUUGAUAUCCACACUCGCGUGCUCGAAGCUGCCGAGGCUCAAAUUGGAAACUGGAGUACUCCGGGUCCCGGUGGUGAGGAUGCACGCGCGCUACGCACCGUUCGCGAGCGAUGGCAGUGUGAUGACUUGCGCAAUCGCGUGUGGAAUGACCCUGUUUCGGACCCUCUGACAUGGAAGGGUGUGGGCGUAUGUAAUGGUCGGGUGACCCUACUGAGCCUGACGGGCGAGAAGCUGACGGGCAUGGUACCCCCGGAGAUAUCCCAACUGAGCUUUCUCCGCGUGCUGUCGCUUGGGGGUAACAAACUGAGUGCCCUCCCACCCGAGUUUAACCAGUUGCGCUUGCUCGAGGAACUGGAGCUCUUUGGCAACGAGCUGACCACUAUCGACUUGACCGGGUUGAACUCCCUUCGAAGGCUGGACUUGUACGGUAAUCGACUCCGGGCGUUUCCGGAGUCCAUGCACAGUCUUCAAAAUCUGGCCAGUGUCAUGGUUUGGCGCAAUCCAAUCCGGGAAGGUCGCGGCAUAAUCAGCGAUCUUCGCGCCGCGGGAGUUUCGGUAUAUGUCGACGACGAGCACUUUAUCAACGAGUAGCGUUGUGGUGUAUAUUUAGUUCUCAUUUAUAUAGUUCUCAUGGGAACAGGUGAUAGUU